UAUUUAGCUAUUGACUUUUUCACAACAGAAAUGACUCUUCUUUUGGCCUUGUUAUGUCUCACAAGUAUCUUUGUGUAGUGUUGCAAAUGUUUUAGGAAAGCAAAGGAUAAAUUCAGAAAAUAUAACAUGGAUUCUACACCGACUUCUUGAGGGUUAUGACAAUCGCCUGCGCCCGGGAUCUGGAGUGUCUGUAACUGAGGUCAAAACAGACAUAUUUGUCACAAGUUUUGGACCAGUAUCUGAUGUUAAGAUGGAGUUCACUAUGGAUAUGUUUUUCCGCCAAAUGUGGGUUGACGAGAGGUUAGCCUUUCAGGGGCCUGUCGAAAUCUUGCCUUUGAACAACCGCAUGGUGGACAAGAUCUGGACGCCCGACACGUUUUUUCGCAAUGCAAGGACAUCCCUCGCACACAACAUGACGUCUCCUAACAAGCUGUUUCGGAUCAUGCAAAAUGGGACGGUCUUUUACACCAUGAGGCUGACUGUGAGUGCGGUGUGUCCAAUGGUGUUGAUGGACUUUCCAAUGGAUGGACAUACAUGUCCUCUCCUGUUUGGAAGCUAUGCUUACACUAAUCGUGAAAUCGUCUACACGUGGAGGAAGGGUCUUCAAGCAUCAGUAGACUUUCCUCCAGAAUCAUCAAGCUUACUUCAGUAUGAUCUUGUGGGUCAGACUUUAUUCAGUGAAACAUAUAAAUUCAGCACUGGUCUGUAUUCUGUCCAGGUUGUCCAUUUCUAUCUUCAGAGGAAGCUCGGCUACCAUCUCAUCCAAACGUACAUCCCAUUGAUUAUGGUAGUUGUGCUGUCACAAGUCGCAUUCUGGAUCAACAAGGAGUCUGUCCCGGCUCGGACGGUGGCUGGAAUCACCACUGUGCUCACCAUGACCACUCUGAGCAUCAGCGCCCGCUCCUCGCUGCCCAAAGUCUCCUACGCCACUGCCAUGGACUGGUUCAUCGCCGUCUGCUUUGCCUUUGUGGCUUCGGCCCUCGUUGAGUUUGCUGCGGUCAACUACUUUGCCACGCUUGAGGCCAACAGGGAAAAACGCCGGCUCUCCAGGGCCUCCAUUCUGGAGUCUAUAGCCCAAGGAAGCGACGACGAGCCGGAGACGCCUCAGUCUGAUACCAGUGGCUUUAGCCGCAGAAGACGGGCGAACUCUGUGUCCGAGGUGCCCAGGACUCGCUAUCCCAUCUUCCUUCAGGGCUCGGCCGUCCCUCCCAAUAUGAUGCUUGCAGGCACCAGUGCCAUAGACAAAUACGCCCGCAUCCUCUUCCCUCUGGCCUUCGGGAUCUUCAACCUCAUCUACUGGUUCAUCUACCUCAGCAAAGACACCUUGGAAAAGCCCAGGGAGAUCGAGUGAGUUUCUUCUGAGAGGCUCCAGAUGUAUUCAGCAGUAAGACCGUGCUCUCCUUUCGACCGCUCUCUUACUUUCAUCCUCUAGCAACUUCAUCCCUGAUGGAGCACGAGGCUGUCUGACACUAUUUGACAAGCAUUUGAUCCUGUUCCUUUCCUGUUUUAUCACCCAUAUAGACUUUCCACUCCAUUUGCCUUUACUGUAUAUUCACAGCCAAGGGCCACGCCGUUAUACUAGCCCUGGUCCAUUGCAAACCCUCCUCUGGUUCUGCUCUAGUUCUGCUCGUCUGCAUGUGUGUGUGUGUGUGUGUGUGUGUGUAAGGAGUUGAUGACAUAAUCUACAGCUCUCUAACUGGUGAUGCAACAUUGAACCAAUGCUUUCAGUGGCCUGCCCUCUACAGAGACACGGCUCGCACUGCACUAGAUCAAAAGCGCCGGGUUUAUACUGACAGCUUCAAAGAUUUCACCUUGAAAAUAAAAGAGAAAAAGUGCAUCCAUAGAACUGAACUUUUACUAACACCAUUCACACGCAUACGUUUUCAGACACUUACGGUGCCUCUCUUGACGGGGUGGCGCUGUGACAGAGGGAUGGAGUAAAUCCCAGUGUGGGGGGUGGAUAAUAUUUAAUAUGUAUUCUCAGCUUACGGUCUAUUUGAUGUUGUCUGAUGUUUCUCUGUGCAUCCAGUUCUCGUCUCUCUCUCUCUGUUGGGAGAACAUGCACAUGCCCAGGAACGCAUGCUGCUGCUGAUGUACUCAAAUAUCUCAAGACAAUUGUGUUUAACAUUGUAAAUGGCUUUUAAAACCCAAUGUAGCACUGAAAUUAUAAACAUGAAGGUGCUAGUGUAAAAAUCUCACUAAUUGAUUACGUAGUUGUAUAAUGCAUUCAUGCAUUAGUUUUUUUCGCCCGAUUAGGAUAUUUUUUCUUUAUAUGUUGUAUUUGUCUGAUGGUCCACUCAUGCAUUCCACUAAACAUUUUAUGUUAAA